GAGUGAUUGUCUCUUUUUGGGAACUUUUGUGAAGCUGGGGCAGAGCGGAAAAAGAGAAUUGGAGAAAUACUGCUUCUGAGGGCUCACUGUACUGAGGGUCUAAUGGGCAACCGUACCCCAGGUGCUUUGAAGCUGUGGAAUUAUUGCUGACACACAAACCCUAAGUAAAUAUUUGGCCAGCUGCAGCUUCCUGCCGGAUAUUUCUGGAAACAUAGCGUUGUUGGCAUAUCUAGGUGACCAUGUUGGGAAGACUGCGUGUGGUGGAGAAAGCCAUGCAGGCGACAGCUGCCUUGAUCCUUGUGUUGCUCUGCAUCUCCAGCAAAGGUCACCGUUCUCCACUGAAUGAUUUCCAAAGACUAAAGGCUACUCAGCUGAUUACUUCGUCUCACCAGCGUGUGGAGCAGAUCAGUGAAGUAGAUGAAUGUGCCCGGCAAUGUAACACCUUGGUGGACUGCAGAGCCUUUCACUACAACUGGCAGCGUUAUGAAUGCCAGCUGCUGACUGUGACCCAAAAUUCACCACAUACCCAGUUGCAAAGGAAUGUUCAUUAUGAUCUCUACCAGAAGAAAGGUUAUGUAAGGAAAUGCAUCAUAGGAGAUGGGGCAAACUAUAGAGGGACCCAGUCUCUGACUGAAAAAGGAAAAACAUGUCAAAGAUGGCAGCUGAAGUUUCCUCAUGAUCACAGAUUUCGUCCAUCCCAAUAUAAUGGUUUGGAAGAAAAUUAUUGCCGGAAUCCAGAUAAUGAUCGGCAUGGCCCCUGGUGCUAUACAACUGAUCCUGCUACCCGACAUCAAAGCUGUGGCAUCAAGAAAUGUGAAAAUGUUGUCUGUGUGUCAUGUAACGGUGAGGAUUAUCGGGGAUUCGUUGAUCACACUGUGUCAGGCACAGAGUGCCAACGCUGGGACCUGCAACACCCACACAAGCAUCCAUACCUGCCAAACAAUUGCAAGAACGUGGUUUUUGACCAGUGUGGCAAGAGGAAUGAACGAAUACAGAUACGGGCUCGGGUUGUAGGAGGUGGACCUGGAAACUCACCUUGGACAGUCAGCAUCCGCAAUAGAGAAGGACUCCAUUUCUGCGGAGGAUCACUGGUAAAAGAGGAGUGGGUAAUCAGCACCCGGAUGUGUUUCUCCUCCUGUGAUGCUGACUUAACUGGUUACUACGUCUUGCUUGGAACACUCUUUAAGAACCCUGGUCCUAAUGACCCAAACAAACAGGACAUUCCUAUAAUUAAGAUUGUCUGUGGUCCCUCUGAGUCACUUGUGGUGAUGCUGAAAUUGCAGAGGCCUGCACUUCUGAAUCAACGUGUGGCAUUGAUCUGCCUUCCACCCGAGCGUUACAUUGUGCCCGAGAACACCGAGUGUGAGAUUGCAGGAUGGGGUAGCACUGGAGGAACUGGGAAUGACAAUGUCCUCAAUGUGGCCAGGCUGCCAGUCAUGAACAAUCAAAACUGCAGUGCGGCACUUCGAGGCCAUCUGAAGGAGAAUGAGUUAUGUACAUCGCCACUGAAAGUUGGCGUGGGAGCCUGUGAGGGUGACUUUGGAGGUCCUUUGGCCUGCCUGACUCAAGAAUGCUGGGUGCUACAAGGUGUGAUCACCCCAUUGCGGGUAUGUGCUCGCAAAGACGUGCCUGCCACUUUCAUCCGAGUCUCUAUGUAUGUUGACUGGAUCAACAAAGUGAUGAGGCUGAGCUGAACUGUUGUAUAUUUAUCAUAAAUUCCUGCCCGUCUCUCUCUCUCCCUUCUCAGAAUUAGUGUGGAGCAACCAUGCUCAUGUCAUGUGAAAAGCACUGCCAAAAAAAGACUCUUCCAAAAGCUGACAUCAGUAAUGAGGUUUUUUUACUCCAUUUUGUGGAGUUUAUCUAAGAAGAUCUGCAACAAUUAAUUGCUUAUUAUAGUGCAUCUUUUGCUAGGCACUUAGCUGAAGAAAAGUUGAUGAUAAUGACUAUCAUGGCUUCAAACAUUAUCAAAUUUUAUGAGAACAAUGGAAGCAUCCUCCGAGAAGUGUGAACCAAUAAUAUACCAAAGUCCUGAACAUAUGACUAAGCUAAUGUUCUUUAACUAACAGAUUUAACAGAUUAACUGAGUUAGAAGGGAUCAUGUACUGUAGGUCAUCUAGUCCAACCCCCCCAAAGCAGGAAACCUUACACCCUCUCUGACAAAUGGCAGUCCAAUCUCUUCUUGAAAGCCUCCAGUGAUGAAGCUCUCAUAACUUCCGAAGGCAA